GUUGCAAACUUUUGUAAUGUUUAGAUUUGGUAAUAGAAAAGAAAAUUAAUGAAAGGCACAGACGACAUAUAGUAAAUUGACGAUACGAGUAUAUUAAUAUAUCGAGGUGCGUGAAAACCGAAGUUUGGUGCAAUUUGGCGCAAUCGUUGUCCUUUAUCGAGAAUAUACAAGGUGGUGAUAAAAAAACGAACAACUAAGCUAAAAGAUGCAGCGCCUGGGAAUUCAGACUGUCCGUACUAGCAGAACCCUUUUGGGCAGUAGAUUGUACACCACAGCACCUGCCCAAGAACAAGUGGUACCUGCUGCCUUCAAGGUCCAGGAUCACAAAGAUUUCGAUGAGCGCGUGAUGAACUCCAAAGUGCCUGUUAUCGUGGACUUUUUUGCCACAUGGUGUAAUCCAUGUCGUAUGCUGACUCCACGAAUAGAAACAGUUGUUGCCGAAAAACAGGGAAAGAUAUUGUUAGCCAAAGUUGAUAUUGACGAGCAUACAGAUCUCGCUCUUGAUUAUCAUGUCGGCUCGGUGCCUGUCCUCAUUGCUAUGAAGGAUGGCAAGGUUCUAGAGAGAAUAGUCGGUCUUCAAGAUACUGACAAACUCAGACAGUUUGUUAACAAGUAUGCGGAGUAACGUAAUUAAAAAUUAUUAUUAUGUAAAUUAUCUCUAAUGUUGCAGUUCUUGUUAAUCUUUGUAUAGAGAAUUUUUACAUGAUACUUCGAAAUCUGCAAUUAUGUUUAUAGUACAUUUUUCUUAGCUAUUAUAUAUAAAUGUGUAAUAUUGUGCAAAACAAAUUUUGAUUUCUCUCGACAAUGCAGAUUAAAUAAAAUGUUCUUAUCAAUGAAA